UGACGGGGGCUCAGCGAUGGCCGACCCGCAGGCGCACAAACGGCUGUUGGGAGGCUGAUGUGCGGCGGCUGCCGCGGCUCUCUCAGACUGAGCCGCGGUUCGUGAGUCCAGCUUCCCGGUUCUCGGAACCUUCAUAUUUAAAGUACUACACAAAAAUGAAAAGAAAGGUGGUGAAUGCUGGUAAGCUGAGAUUGAGUCCUAAUGAGGAAGCCUCCAUUUUAAAGGAAGAUUAUGAAAGAAGAAGAAAAUUAAGAUUGCUACAAGUUCGAGAACAAGAAAGGGAUAUUGCUUUACAGAUAAGAGAAGAUAUAAAACAGAGAAGAAACCAGCAAUUCACUCGUUUGGCAGAGGCGCUAAGGACAGAAUGGGAGGAAUCACAAACUCAGAAAAUAAAGAACUUGGAAAAACUAUAUUUGGCAAGUUUAAGAAAUAUGGGAGAGGGACACCAACAAGCCAAAGAAAAUGAAGCUGAUUUGAAUGCUCUGGCACACCGUGCAGCAGAAAGGAAAAAAAAAGCGGAAGUGAGACAUAAAGAGGCCCUGAAAGUACAGAAAAAUCAAAAAGAAAUGUUAAUGAAGCAAAAAACCUGGCAUAUAAAAGCUCGAAAAGAAGCACUGCUUGUGGAAAAAGAGAGAUCUGCCAAAAUUACAAGUCUGCCACCUCCUCCUCCAACUCUUUUUGAGAACAUUGACGUAAAGAGAACUUCUAAGGUGAAAACCAGUAGUUCUACAUACCAUCAUCUUUAUACUUUUGUGAAUAGAGAGGUGGACACAGAGCAGCCAGAUCCUCAUUUGGCUGCUGAAGAAGAAGCUAAAAGAUUGGAAGGACUACAGAAACAAGCAGCACAGGAGAAGGUGGAGCGGUGUGAGAAGGCACAUGUGCGGGGCUUCCAAGCAAUGAAAAAGAUCCGUUUGGCUCAAAAUCAAGAGAAGCUAAUGAAAGAACUCCAUCAGCUACAGCAAGAGGAUCUAGCACGCAGGAGACAGACUGUAGCACGGAUGCCACCACAACUAGUUGAACUGCCAUACAAACGCAGUGAAAUGAAAGAAGAUUGGCAGAGAGAGCUGGAAUUUGCCUUUGAAGACAUGUAUAAUGCAGACAGGAAGGUGAAAGGAAACCUGAUUUUGCACCUUGAACCAGAGCCUUUGCCGACUGUGACUGAUCAGACCCAAGAUGAAGAACUGGACCUUUCAAUGGAACAAGAAAGUUUAGGAGAGACUGAAAACAUUCCAGUGACAGAAGCUAAAGCAAUAUAUUCUGGUGAAGCAGACAUUCCUUUGUCAGUGAAGACCCACCAGAUUCCUUCAAAACUUCUUUUUAAAAAAUUAUUAAAUAAGAUUCGAAGUCAAAAAUCUCUCUGGACAAUUCAAUCUGUGUCUGAGGAUGAAAGUGAAAUGAUUACAACUGUUAGUGAAACUGAAAGUAAAGCAGUGACAUUGGAAUCAGGAGCAACUGUGAGCGAAGACCGAACAUUAUCCUCUGAGCAGGAACAAGUUGUUGAAAGUGACACCCUAACAGUUGACUCUGGACCACUUACUAGUGAAGAUAAACCACUUUCAUACAUUGCAGACUCUGAAAAGAAACAAGAAAUGAACAAGACUCAGCCUAUCACAGCUGUAGCUCAGAGUUCUGUUCUGCUUCAUCCUCACGAAGAAGCAGCCAGAAUUAGAAUGGCAGCAAGGCAGAAACAGAUAAUGGAAAUAGAAGAACAGAAGCAAAAGCAGUUGGAAUUACUUGAACAAAUUGAACAACAGAAGUUAAGAUUAGAAACUGAUUGCUUCAGGGCUCAGCUGGAAGAAGAAAAGAGAAAAAAAACUCUGCAGACUGGGGUUGGCACUGCUCCAGCAUCAGGCACUGUAAUUUCUGAUGAAGAUAGUCAUAGGCAGAUGAUUCGUAACUAUCAACAACAGCUGUUACAGCAAAACAGGCUUCACAGACAGUCUGUUGAAACAGCCCGGAAACGAUUACUGGAAUAUCAGACUAUGUUAAGAGAAAAGUACCCAUCCAUGUCGGCUACGCCACUGGUAUCUGAUUCUGUUGCAUCAGUACCACCACAGGAAUCUGAACAACCUGCUGUUAUAUCAGAGCAUCAGGAUCAAGGUCAGAGACCCAAGUUAAGUCCUGACAAACAUCAACCUGUGCAGCCUAUGCAGAUGUCCAAAUCAGAGCAAGAUUCUCAGGUUCCAAGACAAAAGUGCUUUCCACAGAGACAGGUAGAAACAACAGGAACAUUAAUCACUUUAGAUGUUUUGGCCAAGCAAGCUUUGGAACCACAAGAGCAGCUAAAGCAACUCUCACAGUCUGAAGCACAACAGAGAGACUAUAAAUUGGUCCCUAAAGACUCUCAUACACUUUCAAGAGCUUUGUCACAUGAUAAGCCACUGACAUUACAAGAUGCUAGAGAACGAGCUGAAACAUCUAGGGCAACAGCUUUUCCAACUUCAGACUCCCAGCAAGCGUCAGAGGACAGUGAAAGUGUAUCUUCUAAGCUAAUCGAACCUUCUUUAUUCCUACCAUUGGUACCUGAGCGUUCUUUUAGUUGUCUGCCUACUAAAGUUGAGUCUGGAGACAUCCAGGAACCCUUCUCAGCUAUGAGCAAAAGUAUAGCUUCUGUAAACCAUCAUGUAGUUGGCCAAAUGCAGGAAAAGUUUUUGCCGUCUUCAGAGACUAUCACAGCCCAACAAGAUAAUUUGAAGGCCCUCCAAGAACAGUUAGACCUACAGAAGGAAGUUCUUCGAUCAAGACAGGCAACUCAGGAGCAAUUGCUUUUGUGCAAACAGAAAGAAUUGGAAGGGCAAACUGGCCUCUCUGUAUUCCUUCCAUUGGUACCUCUGGAUUCGUUUGCUUCACUGCCUUUUGCCAAAGCUGAAUCAGGGAGAAUCCAGGAAUCUUCUCCAACCAAGAAUGAGACUGCAGGUUCCUCAGGCCAUCCAGGGGCGCUACAAGUUCCAGCUAGGCUUUUGAGUUUUUCACAGCCUAUCCUGUCACAGCAAGAUAAUUUUAAGUUUCUCCAAGAGCAGUUAAAUAUUCAGAGGGACAGCCUUCAGGCUAGGCGGGAAGCCCAGGAAGUAUUACGUGUACGUAAACAGAGUGAAUUGGAUGGGAGAGUAUGGGCUCAGCAGAGUGAGUCCCCUUCUCUCCCAUCUCAGGUAGCUCAGCGUACAUUUACUUCGAUGCCUUCUGCUGGUACUCAGUCUCAAAAAAUCCAGGAGCAAUAUUCAGCUAAGAGUGAGAAGGGACUUCUCUCGAGCCAAUCUGAAAUCCCCAAAUCUCAUGAUGGAUCUUCGAGUUUCCUACAGCAGUUCCUGCCUUUGCAUGAUAGUUUGAAGUUGCUCCAGGAGCAGCUGACGACACAGAGGGAUGCUCUUCAGGCGAGGCAUGGAGCCCAGGCAGAAUUACUUCUACGUAGACAGAGGAAUUCGGGAGCCUCGAAGUCUGUGCAGAUGAGUUCUUCAUUCCCACCAACAGUCGCUCACCGUUCAGUUGCUUCACAAGCUUCUAAAACUGGGCCUGGAAGAAUUCAGAACUUUUAUUUCUCUGAGGAGAGUGUUAUUCCCUCAAGUCAUUUGGUAAUGCCAACAUUUCAGGAUGCGUCUCUUCGUUUUCCACAGUGCAGCCUUCCACAGCAACAAAAUUUAACAACACUCCAAGGUCAGUCACACAUUCAGUGGGUAACACUUGGUGCUAAACCAGAAACUCAGGAAAUUGUGCACAAACAAAAUGAAUUAGGAAAAAAAACCUCUUCUGGACAGACUGGUACUUCUUUAUCCCUGUCUCAGGGAGCUGAAUCUGAAAGAUUCCAGGAAUUUAUGUCACUCAAGAGUGACAGUCCAGUUCCGUUAAGCCAUUCAAAGAUCCCAAGAUUUCAAGAAAGACUUCUGGGACUUUCACAGCAUGUACAAACCCCGCGAGAUGACUUGGAGGGACACCAAGGAAGGUUAGACCCGGAAGAGGAGGCCCUUCAUCUUAGCCAGGAAACCCAAGGAAACGUGUCUUCUGAACAAGCUGGCCUGUCGUUCGUACCUUGGUUAGGACAGCUUUCAUCGGCUUCAUUGCCUUCUGCUGAGUCUCUUACCGCCCAGGAACCUCUUUCAGUAGAGAGUGAUGGUAGCCAUUUUCAGAUCCCGCAAUUGCAGGACAGGCUUUUGAAGAUAACACAACUCAUUCAUCCUCAACAAGAUAAUCUGAGGGCACUUCAAGAACGAUUGGCUACACAGAGGGAAGCCAUCAUUCAGUCUAGACAGGAAGCUCAGGGAGAGUCACUUCUGCGUGAACAGAGUGAGUGGAAGGGAAGAGCAUCCCCUGAGCAGGCUGGCACCCCUUCCUUCCUAGUGCAGCAUCCUUUUAGUCCGCUACCUCUUAGAGAAUCUGGGAGAAUCCAAGAACCUUGUUCGACUAAGAGUGAUAAUGUAGUCUCGGGGCGCUCUGAGGUACUACGGUCGCCUGGUGGGCUUACAGGUUUACCAGAGCCCGUUGCACCUGAGCAGGAUUAUCCGAUUACCUUUCCACAAGAACACUUGUACGCACAGACAAAUUCCCUUCCAUCUAUUGAGAAAACCCAGAAAGAAAUGGUUUUGCCCAGACAAUAUAAAUUUGAGGACAAGUCAUCUGAGCAUUUUAUCCAGCCUCACCAUGGUGAUUUGAAGGCACGGCAGCAGCAGUUAGAUACACAAAACGAAGUCCGAGAAGAACUGCUUUUGCAAAGAAUAAGUGAAUUGGAGAAAGGGGUAUCCUCUGAGCAGACCAGCACCCCUUCAUCCUUAUCUGAGACAGCACUGCCUGUUGCUGACUCUGAAAGAACCCGAAAGGCUUCUCCAACCAGAAGUGGCAGCACUGUUCCCUCAAGUCACCCUGGGAUUCCAGGGUCUCAGGACAGGCUUUUGAGUUUCUCCCAGGCUGUUCUGUCUCAGCAAGAUCAUGUGUCAGCACAGUUGGGUGCACAGAGGGAAAUGCUGCGUUUUACUGAAAAAGCCCAGGAAGAAUUGCUUUUAAACAGACAGACAAAGCCGAUUGAAAGUGAGUCUUCAGAGCACGCUGUUCCCUCUUUGUUUCUACCCAUGGAAAGAGAGCAUUCAUUUAUUCCACUGCCUUUUGCUGAGGUACAGUCUAAAAACAUCGAUGAAUUGUAUUCAGCCAAGAAUGAACAUGCAGCUCCCUCAAGCGUUUCUAUGAGCCCAAGACUUCAAGAUAGAUUUUUGAGUUUUUCACAGCCUGUCUUAGCUCAGCAAGAUAAUUUGGGACUUCAGAAGCAGCUGGACCUACAAAGAGAAGUUCUGCAUUAUAGUCAGAAAGCCCGAAAAGAAUUGCUUGUACAGAGACAAGCAGCAUUACAGCAGCAGAUACAGAAACAUCAAGAGACUUUGAAGGAUUUCCUUAAAAACAGUCAGACAAGUAAGCCCACAGUUGAAAAUAAUUUUGAAACCCAGAAGCUCAAAGAAUGGCUUCCUCAUCUCCAAGAUCUAGCAAAAGAUGAUCAGGAAAACAUCAGUCCUGCAGAUAGGAGCAGCUGUGAUGAGAAUCAGCUCCUUUCUGAAGAUAGUAAAGCCAAGCAAAGUGGUGAGCAUCUGGAUAAAGAAGUGGGUAGGAGACCCUCAAAGCCACCUGUAGCAAAAGUUAAAUGUGGAUUGGAUUUGACCCCACAUGAACUUAGUGCUAUACAAGAGGUAGAAUCACCAGCAAGUGGCAGAACUUCUAUGCUAGGUAAAUCAGAGUUUUAUCAAGACAGGGACCCCCUGAGGGUCUCAAUAAGUCGAGAACAAAGUUUUCUUGGGAGCCCCCUGGACCGUGAUCCACGUGGUCACCUUCACCCAGUUGCCCAGGAGAACAUCCGUGAUGCCGACUCUGCUGAAGCAGUCAAAGUCGAGGAGGCUGUGGCUGAGAAUCAUGCAGUAUUAAGCCACGCUGUGGAGAAGGAAGAGCAUCCAUAUCUGGGUCCAAGUGUGAAGCCAGAUGAGAAGGCUGAAACACAAGAAGUUUAUCAUGAGCCAUUAUCUUCAGUAACAGUUUCUACUGGGAGUAUUUUAAGUUAUGAAAACACAGAUUUGAGCCUUACAGAUCGAGAGUCAUUUUCAGAGCACGUGGACCAUAGGGAACAAGAAUCUCCUGCCGGCAAAGAAGAGGAAACAAACGUUUUCACUUCUUUAGCUCCUUCAACACAAGUUACUUACCAAAGGCAGGACUCUCGGGACGUCCAUAAACCUCUGUUACCUGCAGUGGAAACAUUUACAUCUGGUCAAACACACAUUCAGCAGAUGAUAGACAAGUAUAUAAACGAAGCAAAUUUGAUGGCUGAAAAAGCAGACUUGCGGGGUGACUUUGACUUUCCAGAACUAGAACGCAGUUUUCCAAAUUUGCAUCGUCAGCUGUUUAAACCCUUAGAACCACAUCCAGAUUUUGAUUUGUCAUCAUUCUCUGGGAUUUUUCAAGACAGUAAAGACUUUUACCAGAGGUCAGAUUCUUCAUGUGAAAGCCUCCACGCCGCCCUGUCACCCAGAAGUACAGCUUCUUCUACAGCACUGAGGAGGACCAGCCUGCACUCCUCUCUCAGCACCAGCCUGAACCAGCAGCCUGGCCCUAACGUGGCUCAUGCUGCAGCUCAGAGUUUUGCUGCAGAAGAUACUGAAGGGUCUGAACAGUCUUUUCAAGAGCUUCUGCCAGAAUUUUCUUCACAGGAAGGGAGCCAGCAUGCUGAUCUACCAAGUAUUUUUAGCAUUGAAGCCAGAGACUCUUUCCAAGGCGUGGAAAGUCAGAACUACUCUGAACAGAAUGAAGAAUCACAAAACAAACAAAAAAGUGUUCAUUUCCAGCUCUCCGUAGGAAAUUUGCAAAGUUCAGCCUUCAGUUCAUCUGGUGAGGCUCAUGUAUUUCAUCAGUUAAAUCUACAGCAUAGCACUCCAUGUGGUUCUGCCUCCAGCGAAUGCUCAAUAAAAGACCAACUGGAAGGCAGAAAAGACAGACUGGGCUUUGAAGAACUGUCAGGGAGAGGGGUUGACACAGUGUUACGAGGUCAAGGAUUCACUGAAGAUGAUAAAAAUAAAACCUGUGGAGUUGUAAAUAUAAAUCCUCAAGUAGAGGAAAUUGACUCUCAAUUGUGUGCAACAACAGUGGAGAUGGGAACUUCAAUUCAGACACCAUAUUCACUGACUGUCCCAAAUGAAAGAUGUCUUGAGAAGUCAACUAAAGCAGAAGCUCCAAGAAUCACAGGAAACCUGUCUCAACUAGCACAGUCAGAACUCUUUGUCAGUUCUGGGUCAUUUUCAUUACAGAGCUCUAUUCCAGUCUGGGAGACAGAAUCUGGCCAUGGUAUAAUGGAAGAACCAGAUCUUACACUGAUAAGCACCAGUGAUAUCAGUAUUGCUGAAACAGAUUUUGCAAACUUAACCCUAGAAGAAAAGAGAGAAAAUGAGGCAAAGAGCUGUUUUCAGGUGAGUGAAUUUCUGCCUCUUGUAUCAGAAACAGAAAAUUCAGAUUAUCCAGCUGUAUCAGAACAUCCUGUGGAGAAGCCAACUGUGUCUGCAGAAACCCUACUGAACUUUCCAGCUACAUCAGAGACCUUACAAGAAGCAUUUGUAAAAAGAAAAAAAUCAUUUAUAGAGAGAUCCUCCCAGAGACAGAAAGAAAUAAGGAAUAAAAUUCGUGUCUCUGAAAAUUCUCAAGCCAAAAUAAUUAAAGAGAAACCUACAGGCUCAUUUCAGCUGAAGGGUGUGAAUAAAGUUAGAGUGUCUCUUCCUGAAGACAGAAAGACUGCACAAGCCCAUAUGCACCAGAGGGCUCUAAGAUUAUACCGUCAGUUAGCUGAAGUGAAACAGCAAAAGGAAGAGAAAGCAAAGCAAGAAGCAUAUGCCCAAAACAGAGCAAGGGCCAAAGAAUUUCAUAAGGUGAGCAGCACCCCCAGCCCACCCAACUCUUCAUGUCUGAGACACAUCACCACAGUAACUGAUCUUUUUGUUCCCUCCACAGAGAACACUAGAGAAACUUCGAGCCAAAAAUACACACUGACUUUUUCUACAAAAAGUGUAAAGAGUUUUUUUUAUUGGGUAACAUAAUUUAAGUCAAUAAACUUUUUAAGAAUUUAA